AUGGUUUCAAGCCCAUACAUAGUCUUUUUUGAUACCUUCACUCACAAUGGACAAAUCCAAGAAAGUGUAGACUGUGUCCGGUUUAAGAGUGGCAUUGAGUUGGUGAAGAUAUGCAUUUUACCGUUCGGUUCUGUAGUCGAGAGUAACUUAUCUGAUGAACCGCUUUUGGGAGCUACCAAUCCUGCAUCUUUCGAUAUAACGGUUUACAGCAACAGCCAAACAAAUUGUAUUGUAUUACAAAGUGUUGCUAAGUAUUUUUUCAGUGAAAAAACAGGGAUCAAUACUAUCUACUUUAAAAAGCCUAUUCAGUCGAACUUUUUACUUUUCCGUGGAAUGUACUCAACACUGACAAUUGCCCUAUUCGGCUUGCCUACUAUGUCUCUAUCUGUUCAGUCACUGGCUCCAGCCACUAACCUUUCGAUACCCCCGCCUACAAUGGGCUUAACAAUUGGAGCUGUGGAAACAACUACCUCUGGGUUUUAUGCUCCAAACAAAAUUCCUGAAAUUCAGACGGAACAAAAGCCUGACGUUUCGAGUAAUUGGCAACAAUGUAGUGUCCAAACAUCUGCAGAUAGUUAUAUGAAGUCUCAGACCCUAAAUGUUUGUUCACUACAACUUGAAAGUGAUCAGUCUUCCGUCCUUCCUGUUACAGAGACUGAACUGGAGGAGAAAGUAGAUGAUCCUAAGGCAUUGAAUACGGAACCUGCUGGUAUUUAUGAAGAUGGUGAGAUACAAGAUGUCGAUUAUGAGGAAAUAUCAUCAAAUGAAGAAGUGUUUUCCGAAAUCGAGGAUGGUGAGAAUUUAGAGAUUGGUGAUCAACAGUCAGAUAUUGAAGAAGUUAAUGAAAUUGAAUCUCAAAUUUCGUCAUGCCAAUGGCGCUUCAAUCCAUUUGAUUUAAUCGACCAGUAUACUACCGUAUUUUCAUGCGAAUUCCAUCGGAUUGCAGAUCCAACACUAACCUUAUUCCAGCUACACUGCUGGCUGUUAGAACGUGGAUCAUUGGGUAAAGAUCAGUUGUUUUCAGAAAAUGAAAUGUUUCAUCAGAAUUCCAGUGAAAAUGAAGUUGGUCCGAACAUAAAUUUACUACCCCCUCCGGAUGAUUGGGCUGAUGCAAGUCAAUCUGCGGAAUUUCUAGUUGAAAUGGCGAAAAAAUACUGUUCAGGAUCAACUACAGGCUUUCAUGAAGAAUGGGUUGAUGCUUUGGAUACUAUUGGUACUCAUUUGGCUGAAAGUUUAGCUUUUCUGUACUGCACAGAUCGGAAUUUGUAUCAGAGUGUCGUUGAAACGCUUCAGUUAUGGGUUUACACAGGUUUAAAUAUGGAUUUGGCAUUAAGUCAACCGAAUGCAUCCUACAUUGUUAAGCAUAUUAUGGCUGGUGUGAAUCUAGCUGGUCUUGUAACUAGUACAAUUAAUUCAGAAAUAGCAAAUGCAUUACUUUAUCCAGUUUCUGCAGAAAAUGGUAAUAAUACAAAUUUUGCACAGAUAGAAGAUUUACAAGUUCAACAUUUACUCUUAAAUCUUUUGGAAUCUCCUUUGAUUACAACACCAUUAAGACUUACUAUCUGUCGUGCUUUGGAUCAAACUACACGAUUGCCUAUUGGAUUAAAUGCCUUUUUGGGGAUAACACAAAUAAAUUCAGACCGAAAAGGUGAUUUUAAAGAAAAUUUGGACAGUUCCGACUUUAAAUCCCUUGAAACCAAUACAAAUUCUGAUGAUGUAGAUCACUGUCAUACAAUUAAAACAAAUGAUGAAGAUAGUGAGCAAUUCAGUGAUCAAACGAAAUGGGAUGAGUCUAGUAAAAAGCAACAUGUCAUUAACAGUGAUGAUGUGGAAAUGUUUGAUAGACAUUUACCAUCCAACAAAAUUCAAUCACCUUAUCAACGUUUCAUUUUUAUUGUCAGUUGUAGUAAAAACUCUCGUACAACUGCUGCAUAUGAAAGACUAUUAAAUAAAGUACAUACUUAUGAACUCUUACUGGAGUUUCCAAAGUUAGUAAACCGUUUACAAAAAAUCACUGAACAACAAUUGUCCGGAAAUGAUGAUAGUUUGUUUAAAAUUAUGGAAUUACAACAAACUUUAAUCAACCAUUUAGGAAAACUUAAACAUAUUUUUCAAAAUGCUGAGCAAAUCAUAGCAAAUCCGAGAUAUUCUCUCCCAUGUCCAUUAUUGUUAAACGGUAACAAAUGUAUCUCUCACAAUCCAUACGCAGAUUUAUGUGCCAUGCUGGACUCUUGUGAUCUGAUUAAUUCUUUGACUGGUUUAAUGAAUCAACUCACUAACAUCCAUGAAGAUUUCUUACACGAAAGUGAAUUAGAUAGUCAUUAUGAAAUAAAUCUGUCGUGUUUAGUCACUCAAAUUCAAGCGUCAAUUCAUGAAUUAUUAUGCACUUUGUGUUGUCAUUCUUCUGGUUUGUUGUUUUUGGCUUUUCGACCUGAAUCAACUAGUCUACUAAUUAAGGCUUGUUUACAAACAUUUUCCAAUAUCAUGUUGAAGGAUACCAUGAGUAACAGUAAAACAGUUGCAUCAAAUUAUUUAAUAUUCGGUUUGGAGUUAAUUUAUAAAAUUGAGGCUUUACGAUAUUUAGAUUUACUGAUUGAUUGGACAAGAAGGAAAGGUAUGACAGGUGUUUAUUCCUUUAUUACACAACUUCAAUCAGAGACUAAUAUUACUGCUGAUCUCCGAGCCAAUGAAAUCAAUAUUCGUGAUGCUUUAUUCGGAUUAACCAGGUUAACAUUGAAUUCUAUUGGACAAUUUUCUAAUUUUAUGGAUAUAGAUUCAAUCAAUAAUGGUUUUAUGGAUGAUGAUCAUUUGUUUAAUGUAGAAAAUAUAAAAGAAUAUGUACUUACAACUCUUACUACUGCAGCGCCUAUAUGGAUUGCUGAUGUGGUCGCUAUGGAUGAUUAUUUUGCUCCAUUAUUAAUGAUAAUUGAAGCUUUCUCUGAGCAAGAUUUAGAUGCAAAAGGUGGAGGAAACAGUACAGGUAAUAAAUCAAUGACAAAAAGUGAAAAACCGAAAAGUUCAAGUGAUGAUAUAAAAUCUAAUACUCAAUCGAAUGCUGAACAGUCCCCGACAAACGAUCAAGUCGAGGCGACAAAUGUAUUAAGCUCAAAAGCAACAAUUCGUAAUCUUCUCUCUGGACCAAUACAUUUGAAUAGUUUAGUGAAUACAUUGGUUAUUACUGUAUUACGUCAUAGUGAGAAUGUGUUCUACUUAGAUCGUUAUGGACCUCGUUUAGCACAAUUGAUUACUCCUUCGCAGCAAAUUGAAAGUAUACAAGAUAUUCCACCUAUUGAUGUAUUAGCUCAAAUGACUUCAUUUACACGAACAGUUGGUAGUUACUUACAUUGGCUUCGUGAUGGACCAUCUCGUUCUCAUGUAACUGGUAUUUUGAAUAUACCAUCAGACUCCCUACUUUCACCUGAAUCUUGUUCGUGGUUAAUUAAACAGUUACAAACAAUGACUAGCGAAUUUAAUGAUGCAUUAGAUACAAUUCUAGGUCUUGAAGUUGCUGAUGAUCUUCUUGCAGCUCCAAAUAAUGUUUUCACAUCACAAAUUAAUUAUUCUGGGCGUCGACAACCAACUUCUCAACUUUCAGCUGGUCGAUUUAUACCACCUAGUAUUUUGUUAAUACUACGUUUAUUGCGUACAAGCAUACUAGGCUCCAAUCACUCUUCAACAUUUAAUCGUUUAUCAGAUAGUUCUUAUUCAGAGCAACAAAUUAUUCUAUCUCGCACUCAAGUGCUUAUUGAAAUUUUUAGUAUGAAUGGGUUGAAUACAUUUAUCACAUUAAUUCAAAAAUUAUCAGAUUUUUUCAUAAUUCAGCUUCAAGCUACAUUAUCUCAAGCAAAUAAUACAAUUGAUUUAAUCGAUAUAAGUACUUGUAAUUCGAAUAUCAGUAUAAUAUUUUCCAUGUUUGAUUCUUUAACACAAAUUGUUUCUGCUGUUUUGCGUACUAUCAUAUCAAUUCAAGGUGUUGAUUUUCAAGAUACUAGAAUUUUAAAUCCAUUAUUUCAUGCAUAUGCUUGCACAAUUUUUACUUAUUGUCCACCUGGACCCAAAGCUGUUCAACUUGAAAGGAUUCGUGAUAGUAUAAUAAUUGGUCUGUUGGCUUAUACACAUUCCGAGUUAAACAGAGUACUAAAUGUUCAAGAGAUUAAUAAAUCAUUUUGGGUUUUAAUGCUGAAAGAAUUAGUUCAUUUUACUAUAUCAUCACCUUGCUUCUUUUUACCGGGCAUACUGAUAUUCUUAGAUUUAUUACCUUUACCAUCGCCGGUAGUUACUGUUCAAGGAUCUUUCGAUUUAAAUGAUGAAUCUAAGAUAAAUAGUUCUCGAGAUAUAUGGGCUGCACAUCUUCUGGCUUUAUCUUCCGAAUUAAUUGGAAUGAUACAGUUAUUAAGUGCAACUAUUUCAUCACCCAACAAUCUUCUAUUCUGUAAUCUAUUCAAAUUUGUUGAACGUUUAGCUGAUAUUUGUCGUUUACCGUUCGCUAGUUUAUUGGCUAAUGCAUGUUUAGAUAGUAUCGGUGAUAUUAGAAACCAAAUAUUAAAUGAAACUGAAAAACAAGAAAAACAAUCAACGGAAAGUACAUUAAAUGAUGGAGAUAAUAUCGAGAAUUUAUGUUCAAAAUCAGUUGAGAGUUUAUCUUCAUCAUCUUCAAUGAAUAAAAAUAAUGAUUCAGCUGGCGAAUUAAAUGCUCCUAGUACAAAAUUAUUAUUAAAUCCACAACCUAUACUUGAUCCACGAUUAACAUCACAACAGGAUUUAGGAAUUAGUUCUUGGCAAGCUAAUUCUAUGACCGAUUCAUCUGUUACAAUAAACUCACAAUUCAAUAAUAAUACAAAGAACAUGACUGCUACUACUAACAAUAAUUAUAGCAGUAAUAAUGCAAAUUUAGUAAAAUUUUCAAUCAAACAAAUCGAAUCUACUGAAUUGAAUGCUGCAUUAUCUAUGCUAUUCAUUCUGCUUAAAAUACCAUUUUAUCGAUAUGCCGUAUUAGAUGCAUUACGUCAUCAAUCGGUUAAUCAUCAAUCUGAGAAUUCCGAGAAUGCUGCCUCCAGUCCAGAACCUUCAUCAUCUGUAAAUCUUCGUCGGCAGAAUUUUCUAAAUGUUGUCGACUCAGUUUUAUCGGACUAUUCUGAUAAGAAUUCAUGCAUCUCUGUUCAAAUUAAACUUCUUCAAUGCCUUAGUCUUCUUGUUGAUGUGAAGUUAUCAACAACUAAUACAAAGUACACUAAUAACACUGAUGUCAUAUGUUCAGAUGAAGAUUCUACUAGUGAUGAAGAUGAAGCACAAUUUCUGGCAGAUAAUUUACCAGAUUUAAAUUUACUCAAAGAAUUAGUCCUUAUACUUAUCAAGCAUAUUAAUCAUCCUGAUAGAGAUAUGACUACUUUACCAUCUGCACUAGAUCCCUUGAUCAUAAUCACUGAACAUGAUCCAGGUUUUGUUAUAGUUAAAGAAUCACUGGAUAGCUCUUCUGCAUUUAAUAAUGGUCAGCAUUUAUUUGCUAAUUUGGUUCAACGUGUUAACGAUAGUUUUAGCGCAGAUAAUCCAGAUUGUCAGGCUACAUUGACUGGUUGUUUACGAUUGAUUCAAUCAUUAUUAACAGAUCAUAGUACACUACCGCUAACUUUUAUGUCCAAAUGCAUAAAUUGGAAUGAAUGUGAAGAAUUCGAUAGUGCAUCACUAGCUGUUCAAAUAGAUGACAAAAAUGUAAAUAGAACAAGUAAUUUAUUCACCAGACAACUUCAUAUUUCUGGUGAACGUGUUCGUGAGUUAUUGGGUUGGUCUGGAAGUGGAGAUCAGGGCAAGCCUGUUCGAGAUCUUCAUGCAUUAUUAGAGAUGUUAGCUGACGAUGAACCAUCACUGGAAUAUUUAAGAAGUGGCAUGAAAAAUCUUUUAUCCUUAUUAUCUCAUGAAUAUGAUAUACCUGAAUUAAAAGAGCUAACCACUUCUACUACAAGGUUGGUAACGACAACUAGAAUAAAUGAAGAUUCUUUGUCGGAUGAAUUAAAUAUGUACAAAUUAAGAUCAAAAUUACCAAAUGCUCGAUCAUUGAGUGUAUUAAUACGAGAUUAUCAGAAAAAAUUUGUCAAACUAAAUUUAAAUGGUAAAAAUUUGAAAAAGACACAGAAUCAAUCAAUUAAAUGUUUGUUUGAAAAUUUUUCAGCUGCAUAUGAUAAGAUUUCGGAAGAUGUCGAUAUGGAAUUACCUUUAAGUGGGUCGAAAUAUAUUGGUCAUCAGAUUCCAGUAUCUAUUUAUCAAAAUGAUUUAGUACAUUGUGAUCUAAAUGAUAUUGCAACAAAUGGUUGUAAUAAAAUGCGAAUUCGUGAUGAAUUAGCCAAAUAUGGACAUUUAAAUGAUGCAAGCGAAGUAGCCAUUAGACAUCAGAAACGUAGACGUGGUCAGUCUUCAAUUAUACAAACUGGGACAACUUUUAAAAAAUUCGUUGCACCAAUGCGUGGUCGAGGUUUUAUCUUGCGCAAUGCAACUCCAUCAAAUCCUUCAUCGAGUAAUACCGCUCCUGUCGCUUUGGGAUCUACUAUUGGACAGCUCAAUUCUAAUCUAACAGGCAUUCGUGGUGAUCCGUUCCGUUCCAGACCACUGAAUACAAGUCGUCCUCCUAGUCUACACGUUGAUGAUUUUACGAAAUUAGAAAAGGAAGAAGGAAUUAUUGAAGAAACAACUCAUGCCAGACAAUAUCGUGAUAAUAGAACAAUGAGAGGUCGUGGAGCGAGAUUUGGUACUGUACGUGGUGCUUUCUCCAAUCAUAAUGCUGUAAAUCUAUCCAGUAUGCCGAAUGUACCAUUUGGUAUGAAAAUUCCGACUAUUAAUCCAUUGCAUACUACAUCACUUUUACCCAAUUGGUCUGUUGGUGCUAGAUCCAUUCCAUUACUACCAUUCAAUUUGGAGCCACGAGCUAACCAAGAACGAAGAGAACGACAUGGGAGAUAA